CGCCGUCGCUGCCGCCGCUCCCGCCGCCAUUUUGGAUCCGCGGCCGCCCUCAGCGCGGCGCGAAGGGGAGCCCGCCCGCCCCCGCGACGCCCUUUCCCGGCUCGCUGCCGCCCCCUCCCCCGGAACGGCGCGCGGGGCUCGCCUUGGCCUGGCCUGGCCACGCAGGGCGGGUGGCCGGGCCUUGGGAGGAUGAGGCGCUGCGGAGGAGCCCCGGCCGGGCCUCGCUGCGAUACGUGAGAAGAUGCUGGCUGCAAGUUUCUAGGAAGAUUUUUACUGUGGACCAUAUGCCUGCUGUGUUCUGAAGUUUUGCAACAGCACGUACUGUGAUGGACCCUCAGAAUACUGCUAUGUUAGGGCUGGGUUCUGGUUCUGAAGGGUUUUCUGGGAAAAGCCCCUCUGCAGUUGCCACGGGUGUGGCGGGAGGCAGAAGAGAGUUGGAGCUAGAUGGUAGCACUAAGGAGGAGGAAGAGAAGAAGAGGAGCUGUGAGGAGAACGAUGGCGAGAUUGGCAAGGAUGAGAGUCUGUCUGACUCCCAGCAGCAGUUUUCCGUGAAAGAAACAAACUUUUCAGAGGGAAAUUUAAAACUGAAAAUCGGUCUUCAAGCUAAGAGAACUAAAAAACCUCCUAAGAAUCUGGAAAAUUAUGUCUGCCGGCCUGCCAUAAAAACCACUAUAAAGCAGCCCAGGAGGGUACAGAAGAGUGGGAAGAUGACAGAGGAGAAGAAUGACCCCGGCCCUGCAAAGCAAGACCCAGCAAAACUGUACAAGAAAGGUGGCGAUACCACAGCCGUUGAAUGCUCCACAGCUGAAGGCAGGCCGAGGGAAAGCAGUCCACUUUCGAAGAAACUUUCACCGUUGCACUCUGAAGCGACCGAUUAUGGGAAGUCGGCACUUUCUACUCCGGUCAGUAGCCGCGAUCCAGACACAAAAGACAAAGCUCAGAUUAAUGGAGCCACCACCGUAACAGAAAAAUUGGCUCAGCUCAUCGCCACUUGCCCCCCACUGAAGUCUUCCAAGACAAAGCAAAAGAAGCCAGUCAUGGGGAUUGCUUCUGAAUUUGCUAAAGACUCUGGAAAGAAACUUCCGCCGACGGGGAGCCCAGCUGCGGCACCUAGCAAGGACUUUGGGAAGAAACUACCUGGCAGCGGGAGUAUGGGCACUACAUUAGGCCACAAGGAUUUUGCAAAGAAGGCACCGGGGACUAGCAGUGGAGCUGGGUUAAUCAGCAAAGACUCUGGGGCUAAAAAGCAACCAGGGACAUGCCCUAGUGCGGCUGGACUAGUUAGUAAGGACUGUGGGAAGAAGCUGCCAAUCCUUACUGCUCCAGUAGGGUUGGUCAACAAGGAAAGUGGAAGGAAGCCACUUGUGACUGGUGUGCCAGUUGGGCUAGUCAGUAAGGAAUCUGGGAAAAGGUUUCUGGGGUCUAGCGGUCCAAUUGGAUUGAUUAAUAAGGAGACUGGUAAAAAGCUGCUAGGGACUGCCAGUCCUCCUGGGUUGGUUAACAAGGACUUGGGGAAAAAAUUACCAGUGUCCAGCAGUCCAAUUGGAUUGGUUAAUAAGGAUACAGGAAAGAAAUAUCCAGGUUCAGACGGCCCAAUUGGGCUGCUUAACAAGGACUUGGUAAAGAAACUGCCCAUGGCCAGUAGUCCAAGUGGUUUGGCUAACAAAGACUCUGGCAAGAAGCUCUUGGGGGUUACUGGUCCAGUUGGGUUGGUUACAAAAGAAUUGGGAAGGAAGGUGUUGGGCACUGGUAUUUCACCCGGUUUAGCUGUUAAGGAUGCUGGAAAGAAAAUGGCAGGGGCCAGUAGUCCACUUGGGUUGACUCACAAAGACUCUGGGGCUCUGAAAGCAGCAGACGUGGGUAGCACUUCCUCGGAGCCCUUCAGACGCUUUUGCAGUGGAAGCGUCAUCAGUCUUGACGGUCCUGAGCCCACAACCCUGUUGAAAGACAGCAGCAGCAGCAUUAAAACGUUUGAGAAACAUGUUCCAAGGCAGAGCAAAGAGAGCAUCCCAGAAAAGCUGGCAGUUCAAAGAGAUGUCUCAGGUGUAGGCAAGGAAGGGGCCUGCGUACCGCAGGACGCUUCUUCGCCGAGUGAAAGGAGCACUUCUGAUGCAUCGAAGCAUGAGAAGCAGCUGCCGGUGUAUUGCACUUCCCCGGAUUUCAGGACAGCAGGAGGCGCUUCUGAUCUGAAUACGGCCAAAUCUCCAUUUAGUGCUGUAGGAGAGGGGAACCUCCCACCCCCCUCUCCAGCAGCCUCUGUCACGGCUUUAACCCGAAGCCCCACAUCGACCUUGGCUCAGUUAACUUCCAACCCCUUGCAUUUAAAUAGCACACCAGAGCUCUUAGAAGGAAUUUCCGAGCCGAUUAGUAAGACCCCGUUCUCCACUGACAGCGCACGCUCAUCAGCGAACAGGCUGUCAAAUCCCAGCUCACACACUACCAGCAAAGGGAUCGGUAGGGAAUUAAAUGAGUCCAAAGCUGCCCAGACAGAUACCCCAAAACCUAGCCCUGCCAUAGGCAAAAAGCUCAGCUUGGCCACCAGUUCAAACAUCCGUGCCACUAUUGCCCCUUCGGUGGUUAGCUUCUCCAGCUUAUUUAACAAUAAACCCAUUCUAAAAAUUGGUGCCAUGACUGCAUCGGGGAGACCGUGCCAAGACUCCCUGAGCAGCAGUGGUGAUCCACAAACAAAGCCCUUGAAGAAAAGGAAAGGAAGGAAGCCGCGCUGGACCAAGGUGGUCUCCCGGAGCACCUACCGGCCUCCCAACGAUCUAGAAUUAGGAAGGCAUGAUCUUUUCAAAACCAUGUCUUGCAGCGCACUGUCCAACAGUAACCUGGACCAGGCCAAGCUCUUUAAAAACUCAGGCCCACCUUCCUUUGCAGAGCAUGAAUUUGUCAAGCAUCAGCUGCCGAAGCUGAACAAAUCCAGUAGCAUGCAGACUCUGCCUCUGCUUAAUAACAUUGAUAAGGAAUCCAGUAAAUUUUACAGUCCUCACAUGCAGGCUUCCGGUGGGUGUGUUUCGGAUGAAUUGUUAACUGAUAUGUACAAGUCCAAAAGGGGCAGAUCAAAAUCCAAAGAGAUGCCCCAUUUGGAAGGCCCUCCAAAGCGAACCUUGAAGAUCCCUGCCUCAAAGGUUUUUUCAGUACAGUCCAAGGAAGAGCAGGAGCCUCCAGUGCUGCAUCCAGAGGUUGAAAUUCCUUCCUUUCGACAGAGCCUUGUGGAGCACGCUUUUCCAAAGAAGAGAGGUCGACCGAAAAGACAGAUCAGGUCGGGGGUCAAAAUGAAGCCCCCUGUUCUGUCUGUAGCUCCUUUCGUCUCCACGGACAGUUCCGACAUGCUGGAGCCCGAGAGUGACCAUCAGCAGAAUGAGGGGUUCUUUGAAAUGACGGAUCAGCUUGAAGACCCAGAGGAACUUGGGAAAACAAAUGCCUGUACGACAAGCGACCUUGAGGUAGAUCCAGACAGAAAAGAGUCCAAGCGAAACAACGGGCAGCUUAUGAAAACCAUCAUCAGGAAAAUCAACAAGAUGAAGACCUUAAAGCGAAAAAAGCUCUUGAAUCAAAUCCUCUCGUCUACUGCGGCUGAACCAAAUAAAGGGAAAGUGCAAUCCAAGCUCCACACAACGGUGUCAACCCUUGCUGCCACGUUCGGCUCGAAACUGGGCCAGCAGAUCAACGUCAGCAAGAAAGGAACGAUCUACAUAGGAAAAAGGCGAGGCAGGAAGCCCAAAGCAGUCCUGAAUGGCAUCUUGGGUAAUUCUGCCAGUUUGGCUGUUCUUGAAAAGUCGGCCCAUCAAGCAGGAGGGACAGCACUGGGCCAAGCAGUCCCCCCGUUGCUGACUUCUGCCUCUAAUAAUUCUGAGAUUCUUCCAUCGCCUGUUUGUUCUCAGUCGUCUGGGGUGAGUGGGGGCCAGAGCCCUGUCAGCAGCGAUAUGGGCUUUGUGGAGCCCAAUUCGGUUCCGUAUUUACACCUCCACUCCAGACAGGGGAGUGUGGUUCAGACCCUAGCAAUGAGAAAGGCCUCCAAGGCCAGGAGGCGGCUCUCCCCACCAACUCUGCUCCCAAAUUCCCCAUCCCACAUGAGUGAGCUAAGCUCACUGAAGGAAGCGACCCCGUCGCCUAUCAGCGAGUCCCACAGUGACGAGACAAUUCCCAGUGACAGUGGAAUUGGAACUGAUAACAACAGCACUUCCGACAGGGCCGAGAAGUUCUGUGGCCCCAAAAAACGGCGGCAUUCCUUUGAUCAUGUCUCCCUCGUCCCCCCUGAGACCUCCACUGUCCUGAGUGGUCUUAAGGAGAAACACAAGCACAAGUGUAAACGCAGGAGCCAUGACUACCUGGCCUACGACAAGAUGAAAAGGCAGAAGCGGAAGAGGAAGAAGAAGUAUCCACAGUUGCGGGGAAGGCAGGACCCUGAUUUCCUAGCGGAACUGGAGGAUCUGAUAAGUCGGUUGAGUGAGAUCCGGAUAACCCACCGCAGCCACCAUUUUAUCCCCCGGGACUUGCUGCCGACCAUCUUCCGAAUCAAUUUCAACAGCUUCUACACCCACCCUACUUUUCCUUUGGAUCCUUUGCACUACAUCCGGAAGCCUGACUUGAAGAAGAAGCGAGGCCGGCCCCCCAAAAUGAGGGAGGCGAUGGCUGAAAUGCCCUUCGUGCAUAGCCUCAGUUUCCCCCUUUCCAGUACUGGAUUCUACCCCUCCUAUGGUAUGCCUUACUCUCCUUCUCCUCUUGCUGCUGCUCCCAUUGGCUUGGGGUAUUAUGGGCGGUACCCACCAACACUUUACCCCCCUCCCCCCUCCCCUUCGUUUACAACCCCGUUGCCCCCUCCGUCUUACAUGCACACUGGCCAUUUGCUCCUCAACCCAGCCAAAUACCACAAGAAGAAACAUAAGCUGCUGCGCCAGGAGGCUUUCCUCACUGCCAGCCGUGCGCCCCUUCUCUCCAUGAGCACCUACCACCCCAGUGUCCCGCCGGAGAUGGCCUACGGCUGGAUGCUGGAACACAAGCACCGGCAUCGCCACAAGCACCGCGAACACCGCUCCUCGGAGCAGCCUCAGGUCUCCAUGGAGGCCUUGGCUGCCAAUGGCUCUUCCCGCACCGUCUUGGAGUCUUUGAAGCGUUACCGCUUUGGGAAGGAGGCAGUGAGCGAGAGGUACAAGCAUAAGGACAAACACCGAUGUCAUAUGGCGUGCCCACACCUGUCCCCUUCGAAAGGCCUGCUAGGCAGGGAGGAGCAGUGGGUCAGGAGGGAGCCAGCAGAGUCGAAUUCGCUCUCGCUAGGAUUACAGACACCGUUGCAGAUCGACUGUUUGGACACUCCGCCCAGCCUGCCUUUAGGGCGAUUCACUCCAAGUUCCGAGCCAGCCAGCAGCGAUGAACACACAAACCUUUUUACCAGUGCAAUAGGUAGCUGCCGAGCGGCUGGCUCUUCCAGUGCUGGUGGACGUAAAAAAAUAUCUGACAGCUCGGGACUGUUCAGCCCCCAGGAAGCAUCGCUCAGUCGACCCUUGAGGAAGGAGACGUUGCCUCCCAUGGAGAAGGCGCUGACAACCCUGUCAGGCACGCUUCCAGCGCAGGACAAGUCCUCACAGAGGCAAACAGAGGUCACGAGCUGCAGCCCUUCCAGAAAGAGGUCUUCGUCUGAGAGUACAUCUUCCACAGUGGUUGGGAUGCCUGCACGAAGUACACGGCUAGGAAGCGCCGUGGAAGAUUCAAUGGAUAAUCUAUUGCAGCACAUGUCUCAGCACGAUAGUCAGGCUGUGUUGGACAAAACCCUUGAGGCUGUCAUGGCAAGUGCCCCUGCUCCCCCUUCUAGGAGCCCCAGCCGAAGCCCCAGCAGGGAGAAGAGCAGCGGCCUCUUGGUCACGGGUGUUCUGGGCGACUCGGGCAACGAAGGCCUCUCUCUCCUUUCCGACCGCUUGUCAGGCAGUUACUCCCCGCAUCACCUCAAGAGGAGCAUGGUGGAAGCCAUGCAGCGCCAGGCGAGGAAAAUGUGCAAUUACGAUAAGAUCUUAGCCACCAAGAAAAACCUGGACCACGUGAACAAAAUUCUGAAAGCCAAGAAACUUCAGCGACAGUCACGGACCGGCAACAAUUUUGUGAAGCGCAGGCCGGGCAGGCCCAGGAAGUACCCCUUGCAGUCGAUGGUUUCGGUGCACGCCCUCCAAGUGAGCCGGUUUGUUGGCCCAGACCUGGACAGCGGGGACAAAGACUGCCUGCUCCACCGCGGCCCCGACACUGUGACAGACGCUAUAGAAUCGGUGGUUCAGGGGGUGAAUGUGAAAGGGUGGAAGAGGAAGAGGUGGCUGGAGGAGGAACAAGCCCGGAAGAGGCAGAAGCCUCUGCCAGAAGAUGAGCAGGAGAGCAACAAAAGCUUCCCUGAGACUGCAGCCGAGUGCCCCACUCCUGAUGAGGCAACGGUAAAGCCGCCCGAGCCGGAGAAAGUCGAGCAGCAGCCUUUGGCUUCCCUUGUCCAGCGUGAGAAGAAAGCUCCCCGCCCCCCAAAGAAGAAGUACCAGAAGGCAGGCCUGUACUCUGACGUGUACAAAACAACCGACCCCAAAAGCCGCCUGAUCCAGCUAAAGAAGGAGAAGCUAGAGUACACUCCGGGAGAGCACGAGUACGGAUUGUUCCCGGCCCCUAUUCACGUGGGAAAAUAUCUACGACAGAAGCGGAUAGACUUCCAGCUGCCGUAUGACAUUCUCUGGCAGUGGAAACAUAAUCAGUUGUAUAAAAAGCCAGAUGUCCCGCUUUACAAGAAAAUCCGUUCUAACGUUUAUGUGGACGUUAAACCUCUCUCUGGUUACGAGGCCACCACUUGCAACUGUAAGAAACCAGAGGAUGGGAACAAGAAGGGCUGUCAGGACGAAUGUUUGAACAGGAUGAUCUUUGCUGAGUGCUCCCCCAAUACCUGCCCUUGCGGAGAUCAGUGCUGCAACCAGCGGAUCCAGAGGCACGAGUGGGUGCAGUGCUUGGAGCGCUUCCGGGCAGAGGAGAAAGGGUGGGGCAUUCGCACAAAAGAGCCCCUGAAAGCCGGGCAGUUCAUCAUCGAAUACUUGGGAGAAGUGGUCAGCGAGCAAGAGUUCAGGAACCGGAUGAUUGAGCAGUACCACAACCACAGCGAUCACUACUGUCUCAACCUCGAUAGCGGGAUGGUGAUUGACAGCUAUCGCAUGGGCAACGAGGCACGCUUCAUCAAUCACAGCUGCAAUCCAAACUGUGAGAUGCAGAAAUGGUCUGUCAAUGGAGUCUACCGGAUAGGGUUGUAUGCUCUGAAGGACAUGCCUGCUGGCACCGAACUAACAUAUGACUACAACUUCCACUCCUUCAAUGUGGAAAAGCAGCAACUCUGCAAGUGCGGCUUCGACAAGUGCAGGGGCAUCAUCGGGGGGAGGAGCCAGCGAGUGAACGGUCUCCUGAGCAAAACCAACCAGCCAGUCACUGCCCAGAGGAGGCCCAGCCGGUCCAAAGAGAAGAGGAAAUCAAAGCACAAGUUGAAGAAGAGGAAGGGUCACAUGCACGAGGAGUCCAGCGAAAGUUCAAGCACGCCAACGAGGUUGACUCCACAGCUGCAAAUGAAGCCGAUGUCCAACAGGGAAAGGAAUUUUGUGUUGAAACAUCAUGUUUUCCUGGUGCGCAACUGGGAGAAGAUCCGGCAGAAGCAAGAGGAAGUCAAACACGCCAAUGACAACCUUCACUCUGCCUCCUUAUACACACGUUGGAAUGGGAUGUGCCGGGAUGAUGGCAACAUAAAAUCGGAUGUCUUCAUGACGCAGUUCUCCGCUCUGCAGACCUCCCGCUCCGUGCGGACGCGGCGGCUGGCUGCAGCUGAGGAGAACAUCGAAGUGGCGCGAGCAGCACGCCUCGCGCAAAUCUUCAAGGAGAUCUGCGACGGCAUCAUCUCGUACAAAGGUGACGGCAGCAGAGCACCGAAAGCCAGAGCCGAGCGCAUAGCGGCCUCCAGCGUAACAGGGCCGGAUUCCUCCCGGCAGGCACUCGCCGCUCCACUGCUGAAUCUUCCCCCCAAGAAAAAGAAUGCAGAUUACUAUGAGAAGAUUUCUGACCCCCUCGACCUCGCCACCAUUGAGAAGCAGAUCCUGACAGGAUAUUACAAAACGGUAGAAGCUUUUGACGGCGACAUGCUGAAGGUCUUCCGCAAUGCCGAGAAAUACUACGGCAGGAAGUCUCCGAUUGGGCGGGACGUCUGCCGGCUUCGGAAGGCGUACUACAAUGCCCGCCACGAGGCAGCUGCCCAGAUUGACGAGAUCGUGGGGGAGACAGCGAGCGAGGCAGACAGCAGUGAGACUUCCAUGUGCGAGAAGGAGAACGGGCACGAGAAGGAUGAGGAUGUGAUCCGAUGCAUCUGCGGCUUGUACAAAGAUGAAGGGCUCAUGAUCCAGUGCGACAAGUGCAUGGUGUGGCAGCACUGCGACUGCAUGGGAGUGAAUUCUGACGUUGAACACUAUUUGUGUGAGCAGUGUGAACCUCGCACGGUGGACAGGGAGGUUCCUAUGAUUCCCAGACCUCAUUAUGCCCAGCCUGGUUGUGUUUAUUUCAUCUGUCUGUUACGGGAUGAUCUCUUGCUUCGCCAAGGUGACUGUGUGUACCUGAUGAGAGACAGCCGAAGGACCCCAGAUGGCCACCCGGUCCGGCAGUCAUAUCGCCUGCUGUCCCACAUCAAUCGAGAGAGGCUUGACAUCUUCCGCAUUGAAAAACUCUGGAAAAAUGAGAAGGAGGAGCGGUUUGCGUUUGGCCACCACUAUUUCCGUCCGCAUGAAACGCACCACUCCCCCUCCCGCAAGUUCUACCACAACGAGCUGUUCCGGGUGCCACUGUAUGAGAUAAUCCCCUUGGAGGCGGUCGUGGGGACCUGCUGCGUGCUGGAUCUCUAUACCUAUUGCAAAGGAAGGCCGAAAGGGGUCAAAGAACAGGACGUGUACAUCUGCGAUUACCGCCUCGACAAAUCAGCCCAUCUCUUCUACAAGAUCCACCGCAACCGCUAUCCAGUGUGCACCAAGUCCUACGCCUUUGACCACUUUCCCAAAAGGCUCACACCGAAGAGAGACUUCUCGCCUCAUUAUGUACCAGACAACUACAAGAGAAAUGGAGGCAGGUCAUCUUGGAAAUCCGACCGGUCCAAGUCCCAGAAUAAAGACCUCAGCCACGAGGAAGACCCCCUUCCCCUCAUGGAAGAUGUGACCCCGGGUCAGGAGCAGGCGCCCACAGAGCAAACGCCCAGCCUGGAGGAGCCGGAGAAGGAGGCGCUCUCCCAGGAGAACAGUGAUGUGGACAGAAAGGUGGAGGAGAGCAGCCCCGUCCCCAGGAGGCCGUGCACCCCGGAGGAACGCCGGCACAUGCAGCGGGAGAGGCUGAACCAAAUCCUCCUGACCCUUCUAGAGAAAAUCCCAGGGAAGAACGCCAUUGAUGUCACCUACCUACUGGAGGAAGGCUCGGGGCGCAAGCUGCGGCGACGCACGCUGGGUCUCCCAGAGAGCAGCUUCAGGAAGUGAUGCCGUGUCCCAGAGAGAGGCUGUGGCCUGGAGAUGCGCUGUCAGAUAUACGUGAGAGGGACAGAUGGGCGUUGGUUUUACCGCUGACCUGUGCCUCGCGGUGCACGUUGAGUGGGAGGGGCCCAGGAGGUAGAAGAUAACUGACAAACGGUUCUGUAGCACUUAGAGGAUGCGAUUGGGUGGGCAGGCAGGCGGCCCCGCCCUGCCCCGCCUGGCAGUGCUCUUAUGAUGUGUGUGGUGUUGGGCGUGCCUUGUUGUCAAUGUUAAGGUACUAAGGAAACCUUGUGGUUAUUUGUCCAAGAUGGUCAAAUUUUUAAUUUAUUUUUUGGCUCCAACAUCCUUGGUCAGAGGAAGGUAAAAGGGGUGUACGGAAGGGAGGGGGGAAGUUAACAGGUCCGGAACUGCUCAACUUCAGUAGGAAUCCCUCCCAGUACGCAUCGUUUCCCCUGUGAUCGCAUGCCAGGAGGCAGCCUGACCGUGGCAGCAGUGGGCACAGGAGGAGGCGUCCAGGCCUGGAAGGGGCCGAAAGCAUAGGCUGCACUUGUAGGGGCAGGGGCUUGCGCAAGACACGUCCAAGGAAAAGCAACGCUUUGACCGCAAGAGGCCCGUCGGACGUAUUGCGCGGAAGUGCCCCAGUCUGCUCGAAAGCUCCCAGCAAAGCAGUUUGCUCGAAGCCCUUGUUCUACAUUCUGAGACACGGGGGUGGGCGGGGAGGGUGAUUUUUAAUUUUUUUGCUGCAGAGAAAUUUUAUAAAGCGAGUCCGAUCCCUAAUGCCACCCCAUUUGGGUUUUCUUGUUUUAUUUUAAUUUUUCCCCCCCUAAGCUGUGGUUUUCUUGUGUGUCCAGUGUAUUGUGGAAAUUUUAAAAAAAAACUGUCAAAACGGCAAAGAUGAAAAAAAAAAACCAACUUUCACUACAUGAACCGUCAAGCAGUAUUUCUGAGCGAGUAUUUGUUGUGAGCUGUAAACUAUUACCCACUGAUAACACUACUCUUGUGUUCCAUUCUUUUUUUUAAAAAAACCCAACAAAACGAAACAAAAAAAACAACAACCCCUGUACAGCUUAAAGCGUCCGUCUCUCAAAGAGACAGUGUAUUUCAUGCUCCUGCCUCUCUCUGCCCCUUGACUCUCAUUUGGUUGUAGAGAAAGGAAUAGUCUCCUUGCAGAGGUGCCUGGUUGAACAGCACCUGGGGCCGCACCAGAAGGAAGGUCCCUCUGCGAGGUCAAGCUGUUCCUUGGCCGAGAGGUCGGGCGCAGGCAAAGGGAGCUGACAGUGAGGCAUACACUGAUCUUUAAGUGUGGCUUUGCUCCUGUCUCUCUUUUGACGUCCAUAUGCAUAUUACGGUCCUGUUUUAGAUGUCCUUAUAAGAGAAACCCGUUUUUAAAUGUGCCAAGUUGUAUAUAUAUCUUAUCUCUUUUCUUUUUUUCCUUUAUUUUCGUUUUGUUUUGCUGAGUGGUUGUAAAGCAAUAUGAUAGCUCUCCAUGUUCUUUCCUGACGGACCAAGCUCGUCCCGAUUGUACAUUCUUGUUAAACUAUAAUUAUUAUUUUACUCUUAGUUGGAACAAAAGGCUCAUUCCAUUUAAAUUUUACCUGACGAUUUAAAAAAAAAAAAAUUUAAAGAGAAAAAGAAAGAGGGGAAAAGAAAAAACCCUUUGAAGAAAAAAAUAUUUUAUUAAAAACAAAAAGACAAAUAAGAAAAUAGUUUGGAAUAUUUUCUUACUGUAGAGAAGCAUUGUACAGGAAAACCCCGAGUAUAAAAUACUCAUACCGUGUUGUGGGGAAUGGGGUAGGGUUCGAGGGGGUGGGAUAAUCGCAUGUCCGAAAACCUUUGAGUUGCUCCAUUUAGUUCAAAACGGGGGGAAAUCAUUGUCUCAAAAUGGUGUUAAACACUAAAAAAAAGUCCUUUUAAAAAUAAUAAUAAUGAAAGCACGCCCAGAAGCGAGACACUAGCUCUGCCAUUUUAUCUUUCUUUUGUUGAAAGACUAAAAAAAAAAAAACGGUAUUUUUUAGACAAUCAAAUUCUAGGUAAGUGUGAAGAAUUUGCGUUGUUGGGUUGGUUCCUUUUCUUUUUUUUUUAGUUUUUGUUUUCUUACUGGUGUAGAAAAUUACUGACUUUUUUUUAAAAAUUCGGGUGGGGGGAGGCAGGGGAUUAUUUUGUAUUAACUGAGGAGAGUGGCAGCGUUUCGACUGAUCGCUGAUGGAAGCCCAGAGGGGGAGGACAAAAAAAACCAGACAAACCCCAAAAGAAGCACUACGUUUGUUUCAAAUAUAGAUACGAACUCUUUUUAGUCUGCAUGGGGAUAGGCCGUGUGGUUGCUGAGAAGAAAUGCUGCUAAUAUAUUUCCUUUUUACAAGAGCAUAUCUAAAUAGACCAUUGUUUUGAUGUUAAUCUUUGUAAAUUAUGUAUUACCAAUUUUAACAUUGGAUGUAAUUGCAUAAAAAGCCUGCAUCUCAAAUAUUGAGAGAUUCUAGUAUUAAAUGGAAAAAAAAAUGUUUCCUA